AUGAAUGGAAACAGAUUGGAAGGAAUGAUACCCCAAACUAUAGUUAACUGCCACGAUUUGCAGGGCAUCGACAUUGGUGAAAAUAAAAUACGAGGAGUAUUCCCGUUUUGGAUGGAAACGCUCCCUCAACUUCGCAUCCUCGUAUUGAGAUCAAAUAAACUUGGUGGUACAUUUUUGGUGUAUUCAAACACUAACAAGCCGUUUCCAAAGUUGCAAGUCUUAGAUGUGUCACAAAAUGCAUUUGUCGGCUCUCUACCUGAUAGAUAUUUCAAGAAUUUUCGAGCUAUGAUAGAUGUCAAAGAAAAUCAAACAAAUGAUGGAGCAAACUCUUUUCUAAAAACUAUAGAGUUGAAGCUCACAUUGAAAGGCCUAGAUCAGUUAUUGCAGCGAUUGUUGGAUACAUUUACAACUAUCGACUUAUCCUCCAAUAGAUUCUCUGGGAUCAUACCACCUUCCGUAGGAAAUCUCAAUUGUCUUAGAUACUUGAAUUUGUCUCACAAUACUAUCAGAGGACAUAUACCGCCGUCGCUUGAAGGUAUGAGUCUACUUGAGUCGUUGGACUUGUCUUCAAACAGACUGGAUGGAGAAAUUCCGGAUGGAUGUGCAAGGUUGACAUUUCUUGCGAAGUUAAACGUUUCGAUGAAUAAUCUCAAGGGACAAAUACCACAGUCUACUCAAUUUUCCACAUUUGGAAAUGAAUCAUAUGUGGGGAAUGUAGGAUUGUGUGGAUUUCCAUUGACUAAGCAUUGUGAAAGAAUUGAUGAAAAAUCAAUACUUUCUCAAGAUGAUGAUGAUGAAUUCAUAGAUGGAUUUGGGUGGCAAUGUGUGGUGAUGGGGUAUGGAACUGGAUUUGUAGUUGGGAUUGGAAUCGGUUACAUGAUUAUAAGAAGUGGAAGGCCAAGAUUGUUAGGGGAAUUCAUUUUUGGCAUUGGAUAUAAUAAUAGGAUGAAGAGAAGAAAUAGAGAAAAAACAAGAUUAAGGAGAGGGUGA